AUGCUUUUCCAGCUACUCACUUUGCUCUUCACCAUUGGUUCUCUGGGCCAUGCUCGACCUCCCCUUGAAAUUCUGGAGGACGACAUUGUACUCAUCCCAGAACAGCAGGAGUUUUUUGAGGGAAGCCCACAAACUCGUAUUGCAAGAUCCUGGGCACAGUACUAUUGGAAGGAAAGCACAUUGGUCUAUAGCUUUGGCGAGGGAUUAUCUACCUCGGACAUAGAUCGUGUUGAAAGUGCCAUGUCUGAAAUAUCAUCUCAAACCUGUGUAAGAUUUCGCCGGACAGCAGACCGUCUUGAGCCACAAGUGAUAAUUCAAAGGCAAGGUCCUGGUUGUAAAUCCUCAGUGGGAUAUUUGGGUCGAGCAAACCAAACUCUCAAUUUGGCCAAAGGCUGCAUGUCCAGUAAAAUCAUUCAGCAUGAACUACUUCACGCUUUGUCCUUCUAUCACACCCAAAGCGAUCCGCAAAGGGAUAGCUAUGUAGAGAUCCAUAUGGAAAACAUUAAGUCUGGUCAUGAACACAACUUCAAGAAACUUCUGCCCAAUGGAGUGAGUGAUUUUGGCCUGGGCUACGAUUACGAUAGCAUCAUGCACUAUGGUCCAUUAGCAUUUUCGAAGAACGGAAAACCUACAAUUGUUCCUCUCAAAGCGGAUGCAAAAAUUGGACAGGCCACUCAGCUGAGUCCGAUUGAUGUGGAAACUCUAAAGCGGAUGUACUGCUAA